AUGCUCUGUGUGCUGCUGCUUCUGCCGGGCGUGCUGGGCGCCGCCCUGGCCGUCUCUGUCUCUGGUCCCAAGGAGUGCGCCAAGGGCCCGGCGGUGUGGUGUCAGGACCUGCAGGCGGCGAUGCGAUGCGGAGCGGUUGGGCACUGCCGCAUCGCGGUCUGGAGCCAGCCCACCACCAGGUCCCUGCCCUGUGACCUGUGCCUGGACGUGGCAGCCACUGCCAGCAACGGGCUGAACCCCGAGGCUGCCGAGACCGACAUCCUGGCUGCGGUGAUGAAGACCUGUGAGUGGCUUCCCAGCCAGGAGUCUUCGGUCAAAUGCAAGGGGAUGGUGGAUGCCCACAGCUCUGCCAUCCUGAACAUGCUCAGCGGGGACCUGGGCAGUGCCCCACGACAGGUGUGCAUGGCUCUCACCCUCUGCCAGCCGCUGCAGAGACGCCCGGCCACCCCGGGGCCGCUCUCCGAGGAGGACAUAAAUGACAUGGUGGCCCCGUUUGUGGCCAGUGGCCUCCUCGGCUCCCGCCAUCAGCGGAUUCCCGCGCGCACCGUGUGCGAGGACUGUGUCCGGCUGGUCACCCGGCUCCAGGGUGCCCUUGGGCCCGACCUGUCCAGCCUGGCGCAGGUGACCACACGGGAGCAGUGUGAGUCCCUGGGGCCGGGCCUGGCUUUCCUUUGCAAGAACUACAUCCACCAGUUUCUUGCUCCUGCUGAGCAAACGCUGAGGUUCAUGCCGCCCAGCGAGAUCUGCGAAAAUGAAGGCUUCUGUGAGGAGCGUCAGGGACCCGCCCACUCGGCUCACGUGGCUGCCGUGGACGGGGUCCCCGCCCUGGAGCUGGCGUCUCCAUGGAAGAAGAGCGAGGUGCAGAUGCAGGGUCCCGUGGCCUGUGACGUGUGCCUGCAGGUGGUGCAGAGGCUGGACCACUGGCUGGAAAGCAGCAGCAGCAAGACCCUCAUCAGCCAGGCCCUGGAGCGUGUGUGUUCCGCGCUGCCCCCUCCCGUGGGCCGGGAGUGCAUCAAGCUGGUGGACACCUACACCCCCACGCUGGUGGAUGUCCUGAGCAGAAUCACCCCGGAAAAGAUGUGCACGGUUGUUCGACUGUGCAGAGCAUGGAGGCGGGCCCGGGCGGUCCAUGAGGGCCCCGCGAACCUGCCGCCCAGCCUCCUGGACCGGGACAGCCUCUGCAGGGGGUGUCGGCGGCUGUUCAGUCUGUCCGUCCACAACCUGGAGCAGAAGAGCACCGAGCGCCGUGUCCUGCGGGCCUUCAAGCUCGCCUGUGGCAUCCUGCCGCUGCCCUUCAUGGUGCAGUGCGGCCGCUUCGUGAGCGAGUACCAGCCCGUGCUCAUGGAGACCCUCCGGGACAUGAUGGACCCCACCACCCUCUGCACGAAGUUGCGCGCCUGCCGCGACCCCAGAGACGUGCUGCUGGGCACCGACCAGUGCGUCCUGGGCCCGAGCUUCUGGUGCCAGAGCCGGGAGGCAGCCCAGAUGUGCAACACGGUGGAGCACUGCCAGCGCCGCGUGUGGAGGGAGGCGCCCUUGCGAGCCGAGAGUGUGGGCGACCCCGGCUGCCCCAGCCAGUAUCCCCCUGCCCCCGAGAGGCCCGCCUCUCCUUGAAUCCCACGGGGCCCUGUGAGGCGGGUGUUGCCCCCAUGUCCCAGAUGAGAACUGACUCCCAGUGGGGAGGCCGGAAAGGACCUGAGCUCCAUCCUGACCCCAGGCCCACGGCUGUGCCCUUGCUCAUGCCUCAAGUGGACAGGAACCACCUGUUCCACGACUGCCGCCAGCCGCCUGCCCUGACUCUCCAUCACUGUGCUGUCGCUGAUAGUGGGGGGGCGGGGGGGGGGCGGGGUCUUGCAGUGGCCUCUGGUGCCCCCGCUACACUUUGCCGAUGGGGUCCCGACUGGGGUGAGCAGUGGCAGAGGGCAGGUGGGGAAGGGGCCGUGGUGGCUGGCGGGGAGGGAGCGGCAGGUCUUAUCCACCAGCCAUCAUCAUCUCUCAGGCCACAGCUGCACAACCUUGGGGUCCUUGCACUGGCUCAAAGGUGCGUAUGAUGUGUUGAGUGUCUCUCUGGGGAGGAAGCUGGGGUUUUGGCUAAAUGCCCCGAGUGGUUCUUGGGCUCAGCGCAGUCCUUCUGACACCUCCUGCCCACCACAGGAGCCUCUCCCCACACCCCAGACUCUAGGCUGCAGGGAAACCCGUGCUGCGCUCCAGGCGAGGCGAGGAAAACAUGCCGUGAAAGAGCCCAGGGGGUCGGAUGAUGGGGGGCAGAUCCUCCACCUGUCAGAGCCUCAGGUUUCCAAUCUGUAGAAUAGGGCUGAUAACACCAGUCUCAUGGGGAUGCUGAGACCGUUAGAGGAGAUGUCCCUGAGCUUCUUCCUCUGAAAGAACCAGCAGCCAUCCAUCUGCUGGGGCCAGCAAGCUCAGGGUCCCCAGCAGAAUCUGGCAGUGCAGGUAUUGAAUAAACCGCAAGCUUCCUCCCA